AUGGGCGGAGCGACCGGGCCCGGCCCCAGCGCGGCUCAGGUGCCGACAGGAGCCUCGGGGCCGCCCCGCGGAAUCGCCGGCAGCGCCCCGCGCCGCGCCCGCCCCCGCAGCCUCAUUGGCCGCGCCGCUGCUCAAAUAGAGCCGGGCGGGAGCCGGCGGCCGCCAGACCACCCCAACUACAAGUACCGGCCGCGGCGGCGGAAGCAGGUGAAGCGCCUGAAGCGGGCGGAGAGCGGCUUCCCGCAGCACGGCGCGGCCGAGGCGGCGCCGCCGGCCUUGGGCCCCGACGGAGUCGGCGUCGGAGUCGGCGUCGGCGUCGGGACGUGCGCCGAGAGCCUGGCGCUGCCGUACGCGGAGCGCGGCUACGCGGCGGGGCCGGGGCGCUACCGGGACUGCCCGCCGCUGGGCGCCGCCUUCGACGGCUUCGGGCUGCCCACGCCGGACCCGUCCCCGCUGGACGCGGCGCACGGCGAGGCGCCGUUCUUCGCGCCGGGGCCGCCCGAGGAGUGCGCGCCGGGGCACUACGGCGGCUACGGCCCGGCGGCGGCGGCGGGAGACUUCUCGGCGGUGGGAGCGGGCGAGAGCCCCGCGGGGGCGGCGCUGCGGCGGCACCACCAGCACCCGCACCCCGCUGCCGGCGAGCUGGGGCCGGGCGGCCCGCUGCAGGGGCUGCUGGGCUGCCCGGCGCCGCCGCACUACUACGGGCAGCUGUGCCCGGGCCGCGGCCCGCCCGCUCCCGUGCCCAUGGCCGUGGCGCUGGGCGCGCAGCCGUCCCCGCCGCCCGAGGCCGCGACGUGCCGGGAGCCGCUGGAGCACUUGCCCCAGGAGGAGCUGCUGGGCGAGGUGGACCGCAGCGAGUUCGAGCAGUACCUGCGCUUCGCCUGCAAGGCCGAGCUGGGGCCGGCCUUCGCGGGCCACGACGUGGCCGGGCUGGCGUCGCCCGAGGCUGCGGGGCCGCUGUCCGCCGUGGUGUCGGACGCCAGCAGCGCCGUCUACUACUGCGGCUACGCCGACGGCUGAGAGCUGCGGCGGUGCC